AAACAACUGACCUAGCAUUAUACCCCACGCCAGCAGCUCUCCUUUGUCUAUCUAGAACCUCCUGGUGGUGUCCCUCUUAGUUUCCCCUGUGUAUAUAAGGCGAACUCGAGUUCCAAUUGACGGGCUCUUGUAUUCUGAAUGACAGAAAGCAAAUCAGUUCCAAAUUCCACCACAUCUUUCUUCUCAACCAAAACUUUUGCUAUCCUAAUCGCAAUUGCAGCAGUCAUCCUGGCUCUCUUCACCCCUCUCCGCAACUCUCUACCAAAGUUCCUCCCAAAACCUACGCCCUCAACAAUCCGCGCAAUGUCGACUUCAGCAGCAACCAAGAUCACAAAGCGUCCCUGGUCGGCUCGCGGCCACGCGGACCACGGCUGGCUAUACUCCUUCCACACCUUUUCCUUCGCCAGCUACUACGACCCGAAGUUCGGCUCAUAUGGCCCACUACGCGUUAUCAACGAAGACCGCGUCGAGAAAGGGACGGGAUUCGGCACACACUCUCACGCCGAGUUCCUAAUCUUUUCAUACAUCGUUUCUGGGAUCCUAGAGCACAAGGACUCACUCGGAAACCUCGAGAACCUCAAGCGCGGAGAAGUUCAGUUCACGAGCGCAGGAACAGGCAUAUCGCACAGCGAAUACAACCGGAACAAAAACGACGAGUGCCACUUCUUGCAAAUUUGGGCGAAGCCGAACAAGAAGGGCUUGAAGCCCCAUUAUCAAACGAAGAAGUUUACCGACGAACAGAAGCAGGAUAAACUGGUCAGGAUCAUGGAAUACACCGACAGGUUAGGCGAUAAGAAGGGCGAGGUUGCGCCGAUCGGGCUUCAGGCCGACCUUAGCAUGGACGCGAGCAUCUUGAGCCCUGGCAAGACCGUUUCGCAUGAUAUUGUCGAAGAAGGGCCACGAAAGGUCUACUUGCAUGUCGUCAUGAGCGAGCGGGCACAGCCCAAGGAGGGUGGCUCGAAGAUCAAAGUCGGAGAAACGACGCUUGGGGAAGGAGAUGGCGCAUUCAUCGAGGCCAAGGGGCCUGGAAAGAUCGAGGUGGAGAGCGUCGGCGACAAGCCAGCGGAGUUCUUGCUCUUUGACAUGGGAACCACUGACGCAUGAGCGUGUAAGAAUCGGUCAAAGGGUAAGUGCAGUUUCCGAUAGCUUCGGUAGAUAAAUAACCAAUUGGAAUACACAGUGUAUAUUCUGCC